GUUAUACAACCAGGAACCACUGACUGAUGAACGUGGAUUUGCUUUUCCUGACAGACUUGCAGCCAGCAGCAGCACAUGCUGAGGGAUUAGUGGCCUUACCUGAUGACACUGCUCUCUUUGGUGGCUUCUUCAACCAGUAUGGUCCUCUCAUCGGUCUGAACCUCGAUGACCCCAGCUGGCAGCUCUUUGAGACUACAGGAGUGUUCAGAGGAUCUAAAGGUGAUCUCCUGCAGGGGACCAACAGCUCUCUCUAAGGUUUAUGGAAACCUGACCUCCCAUUGGUGGAGAAGUGCAUGAGGAACCCAGCUCUGCUGCAGAGGACAGGUUUAGUCAUUAGAGUGCUUUGCCACAUCCAGGAAAAUGUCUGGCUCCUACGAUGAAUGUGCAGGUGCUGACGACACCAUGGACAGCUUCUGGGAGGUGGGGAACUACAAACGUGCUGUCAAGAGAUUUGAUGACGGCCAUCGGCUCUGCAAUGACCUCAUGGGCUGCCUGCAGGAGCGUGCCAAGAUAGAGAAAUCCUACGGGGAUCAGCUAACUGCAUGGUCCAAGAGGUGGAGACAGCUCAUUGAGAAAGGCCCGCAGUACGGCUCUGUGGAGAGAGCCUGGCUGGCUGUGAUGACCGAGGCAGAGAAGGUGAGCGAGCUGCACCAAGAUGUGAAGAACAACCUGGUGAACGAGGACGUGGAGAAAGUGAAGAACUGGCAGAAGGAGGCCUAUCACAAGCAGAUGAUCGGAGGCUUCAAAGAGGCCAAGGAGGCCGAGGAAGGCUUCAAGAAGGCUCAGAAACCCUGGGCCAAAAAGCUCAAGGAGAUGGAGGCAGCUAAGAAGACUUACCACAUGGCCUGCAAGGAGGAGAAGCUGGCUGCGGCCCGAGAGGCCAACGGCAAGACGGAGGCUUCUGUCACCGCGGACCAGCAGAAGAAACUCCACGAGAAAGUGGACAAAUGCAAACAGGAUUCACAGAAGGCUAAAGAAAAGUAUGAGAAGUCUCUGGAGGAGCUGAAUAAGUGCACCGCGCAGUACAUGGAGUGCAUGGAGCAGGUGUUUGACCAGUGCCAGCAGCAUGAAGUCAAGAGGCUGACCUUCCUCAAGGAGGCCCUGCUGGACAUCAAACGCCAUCUCAACCUCACCGAGAACGCAAGCUAUGCCGCAACAUACAGAGAGCUGGAGCGCACGAUCCUGGGUGCAAACACACAAGAGGACCUGAAGUGGUUCAGCAACAACCACGGCCCCGACAUGCAUAUGAACUGGCCUGCAUUCGAGGAAUACAACCCAGACCAGACCAGUGCUCCUCCAAAGAAGAAGAAGCCAGACGGAGCCCCACCCACUCCGAGCACCGACCAUGUGGCUCCACCUGGUGACCGGAGCAGUGUGAGCAGCUAUGAAAAAAACCAAGCUUACUCGACUGAGUGGUCCGAUGAUGAGCAGCCCGCUUCUUACUCUGGCAACGAAAAUGGCGGAAACGGGAAUUCUUUCGAAGAUGAUUCCAGCACUGGGAAAGGGGUCGGGGCCGGGGCCGGGGCCGGGGCUGUGGCCGGGGCCGGGGCUGUGGCCGGGGCCGGGGCCGGGGCCGGGGCCGGGGUCGGGGCUGUGGCCGUGGCCGUGGCCGUGACCGUGGCCGCGGCCGGGGUCCGCGUCCGUGCUCUGUAUGAUUAUGAAGGCCAGGAACAGGAUGAGCUCACCUUCAAAGCAGGUGAUGAACUGACCAAGACUGAGGAUGAAGAUGAGCAAGGCUGGUGUAGAGGUCGCUUGGACACUGGCCGAGAGGGACUGUACCCGGCCAAUUACGUCGAGCCAAUCUAGCCGCGUUACUGGACAAGGACACGGCAUUGGAAGCAGCUUGAACUGUCCUGUCCAAUCGCACCCCGCACAUAACCAGAGACUAAAGAGCAACACAUCCCUUGCCCAACAGAUGCGCCGAGCAGUCUUGCCUAAAUAAAAACUUAGUAACCUAAAAGACAAUAUAUCAGUAUAAUAUAUUUUAUCCAGCAUUUGGGGUGGGUGGACUUUCACAUUUAAAAACAGGAGCAGCAGUUAUUCCAGUAUAUACACACUCAACUAUACCAUCAAGUCAGUGCAGGAACACAUUGCUUCUCUGUGUAGCUGUAUUUAACGUAUAAUGCAGCUUAUUUAAACUUGCAGUACGCUGCAGUCGUUUCUCUUGUGAAAAUGGGAAGAUAAUAUAAUCAGUUAUACCCAUCCGACAAAGACGAGCUUCUCUAACCUGCAUUGUGUAUAUACAGUGUGAUGCCAUUUCUGUGUAGCAUUUUUAAUGCUGUGUGUGGUCAGUCGUCAUUCUUACAUCUGGAAUGCUGUGUAGUGUUAAAGUACCACAAACAGUAUCCUCUAUUUUUGUUCUCGUUUUUCUUUGUGAUUUGGUCCAACCUCUCUUCCAGUGUGUGCAGUGCUAUGUGUUUUAACUGUUUCUGAACUUGCAUAGCAGCAUGUGCUAUGCAAAAAACUUGCAUUCCCUGAAUCCUGCAGCCUUCUUACGGCUUCAACUUGAUGCAACACUUCUACUGCAAAUGCAGAGGUCAUUUGUUAGCAUCACAAUCUUCUGGACAUGCUUCUGUUUUCAUGAAAGGAAGCUUGUUGAUGAACUGAUUUUGUGUUUGUUUGUUUAGUUUUUGACAUGUUUCUUUUCUUAGCAUCACAACCUCAUUGACAAUAUCAUCUUCAUGCAAUCCAAGGAAAGGAAACAGUUUCUGCAGAAGCUUUCAUUCUUGGUUCAGUGAUUCAGGUCUCAUUUUAAUUCACUACUGCUUACAAGAAACACGAUACAUUCCCUCUGAGCGAACCCGGAUCAAGUCAUCUUCUUGGGUUUUAGGAGAUGGGUUCUGAACAAUGCCGGGCACAUUUGACCAGAGCAAGAGGCCAAUGGAGGCAUGUUAUUGUAGUGCUGACGGUUGUCUGAAGAUCGAAGCCUCUUCAACAGGACAUGAAUGUAUGUUUGGGCUUGAAAGAGGGCAUGUUGUCUAAACAUGGUUCUCCACCGUCAUUUAAAGCCCUACCUAGCAAAAAGCACUAGUUAUGUGGUCUGUUUCCCUGCUGAGCCAAAGAAUGCCCCAAUACCAUCACCUUUCUGUUUUCUCUCCAUGCAAUAACUUUACAUAUCACAACAGCUUCAGUGAGAAUCAGCUUGUAGCUGCCUCCCAGUCCACCCAAACUUAAUUUGUCCGCAAAACACCACACAAUGACACAGGGAAUACAUUUGUCACCAGUAUUGCACUGCCUGGAAGAUGACUCUUGCACAGUGCAUUACAUGGUUAUUUUUAAAUCUUGCUACAUAGAAAUGAAAUAAUACCAGGAAUUUGCAUCUGAUGUUAAGUGAGUUAUCAUGCAAAGGGUUGCACCUAAAUCUCUGAUUAGAUGGGAGAGAUGCUUUUUAUAACCUAGUUGUCCUGAAGUUUUAAAAUGUCACUGGACCAACAGCAGUCAGAUGUGUUUAGCUCUGUGUCUGGAACAGGAUUUGACAGGUUUGGGUCUCACACAUGAGGAGAAACACAUCACCAGCUCACAAGUUGUGUCUUAGGGUAAAGCUGUCCAGCAUAGCAAAAAGGACUCCUAUCAUUAAACUGUCCCACUUCCUUGAUGCGCGUAUGCACACAAACACACACAUACAUAUUAAAUACACAUACAUUUAACACAAGAUAUACACAAACACGCAAAUUCAAACACAUGCUCCACAUUACCAGGUUAAUAUGUUGGGGGAAAACUUCUUCAUCGAGUGCGUAUGAGUUAUGUAUGUAAUGUAAGGAAAAAAAAAAAAGUUCCCAAAAAAACUGCAAGUGAUUGACUAUUAAGACAAAAUGUAGUGUUAUACAUGUAAAUGUGAUUCAUUAAAAUAUCAGCAAUGGAAACAUGUUAAAUAAUAGAUAUAUCGUAUGAAUUUCAUUGCAAUGGAAUUGUCAGUGUAUCAUAAAAGCGUGACGUUAUCCCACGCUGUCAGAUUUGUAUAUGACGAUGUAAUUUAAAGAUUAUAUUCUAUUGUAACUGUACAACUGUGUUGAGUUGAAAAAUGAGACCUAACCAUGUUGAGGCAGUAAAAAGGUGUACAUGUAAAUGCUUUUUUAUGUUGAUGAUCUCUUCCUUAUGCACACAGGGGACAGCAGCUCAUGUUGUGGAAACCCUAUAUUAGCGGUCUAGAAGAUGUAUGUUCAUAGUUAGUGAUGUACUUUUAUCUCCUAACUGGUGUAGUGCCUGUUCAUCUUGAUGUAACAAGAAGUUCAUUUAAAUAUGCAUAAAGAUGAUUAUGAUCACAGAUAAUAAUGAAAAUAGAGAUGAAAAACCGA